AUGGAAGGCAAUAUAGAUGAUAAUAUUCUACGCAAUUGUACAGCAAUGGUGCUAUCUUCAGAAUUUGAUAGAUCGUCAAAAGAACUGGAACAUUACAAUUCCACUGCACUUUUGGCAAUAUUGGGAAAUGUGUUAAAAGCAGCUGAUUUGACGAUGUCCAAACGCACAAUCGCCAAGGAUCGAUUGCAUGAUUGUGUUUAUCCUCUACCGGAGCCGUCACAUAAUAUUUCCACGUGGCACAAGUUAAUCUGGUCCACUGUUUUUAUUGGCAUGUUAAUCGUUGCCAUCGUCGGAAAUUCAAUUGUCAUAUGGAUAGUGGCAGGUAUGUGA